UACUGUCAUACUAGUAUAAAUCCACCUCUGUGUAUUUAGUCAGUCCUUCGCUCCACGCAAAGCUGCCGUGUGCUCAAGUCACGGCUACAAAGUAGCUCCGACUUCAUCUUCUUCAGUCAUGGCUGGUAUGUAGCAUUUUAUCACUUCAACUCUUUCAAAUGCGCAGUUUUUACCCCACUUCGGAGCCAUAUCGUGUUUUCUGUGAAGUUGUUGCGUGCAAAGUCUCGCGAAGUUUCUUGCAUUUAAAUAUAAGUAAAACGAGACUACACAGUCGUUUAGGCUGGUAUCACUCCGUCUUUGUUGUUUGCUUGAAUGUUUGUGCAGCCUCCUGAAGUGGGCAGAGCAAAAGAACAUUCUGUCUCCAUCUGUGUGAAGCUGUCCAUCAUAGACCACCAGAUAACUUAAAGGCAUGAAGUUGGCAGCCAUAUUUGAAACAUGACUACAUUUGACAGUCAUACAUGACAGUCUGACCUAUCCUUUAAGUUUGCACGUGACUAACCAUUUCAUGUUACUCAUUUUAAAGUAUGUAAGUGAAUGAAAUCUGAUUUUAUUAGGGGUGUAUUCAUCUCUGCUACAUAAAACUCAAGCAUUAUGCAUGUAUUUCUCUCAGGUCCCUAAAUCGUGUCUUUUGAAACUGUGUGAAUGUCGAUUUGUGGUUCACGCCCCCUGUGUACAGCAUGUACUGUACAUGGGGGACUGUGGCUGAACUACUGUAUUUUCCCUUUUAUUUAUGUGUCAUGUUGUGCGGAGAGACUGCAGCACUCCAUGUACCAAUUGAAAGGGAGGUUUAGGAGGAAGGGGGUGUGGCACUUGGAGCCAGUGAAAAGGUGCAACUUUUCCUGGCAACUUUAAGUGAAUGGCCCAAAGUUAUGGAAACUUCAGCCCUUUAGCAUUGUAUACAAAAACUACACCUUCUGGCAAAUGCUUUCCAUUUUUGGUAACACUGUACCAAUAGUUUACAGUCCAAGUGGGAUUAAUGUUGGCUCACAUGCUGCAGUCUCACAACCUCCCCAGUGGCCAUGCUGACUUCAUCAUCCCACUUUAUAUGUUCUCUCACAGGCUAGUCAUUGUUCAGAAACAUGACUUGGCAGGUUGCUGAGAGAUUUUCCUGUGGUGGUACAGAAAGGCGCCUCCUGCAAAUAAAAUGCACCUUAAUAGGACUUUGCCUCUAGUUCUGGUUACUUAAGUCUUAGUUUUCUCAAAAUAAAUGAUAAAGUUGCUGCUCAGUUUACACACUGACAAGAAAGAAUUAAAUUGGACUAUAUUGUUGAUGUUUUAGUUAUCAAUAGCACUACCAAGGAGUGCCACUAUUUUCAGUUUCAAUCCAUCUUUCUCCACAGACCAGGCUUUUGUGACGUUGGCCACCAACGACAGUUAUGCCCGGGGAGCCAUGGUUUUGGGCAAGUCCCUUCGCAACCACAACACUUCCAAGAAGCUGGUGGCACUGAUUGGUCCACAUGUGUCAGAGCCUUGCCAGUAUGAACCACCACCCUGCAGUGCAACAUUUCUGAUUAACACAUUCUUGUCCGUUCUUGUUAACCUCAUGGACCGUUGGCGCUAAUUCAAUUGGUUUUAUUGUGAAUCUGCAGGUGCGUGCUGAAGAGGAUCUACGAUGAGGUUAGGGUCGUGAAUGUGCUGGACAGUGGCGACACGGCACACCUUGCGAUGAUGAAAAGGCCUGACCUGGGUGUUACCUUCACCAAACUCCACUGCUGGACGCUUACACAUUACUCCAAAUGUGUUUUCAUGGAUGCAGACACACUGGUGAGAGCAAAUGAGCAAUAAAAAUUCCAGAUGUUUAGAGUGUACUUGCAUGAACAUGUGUGUGUUUGUUUCUGCGUUCUAGGUGCUCUCAAAUAUAGAUGAGCUGUUUGAAAGGGAAGAGUUGUCGGCUGCUCCUGACCCUGGUUGGCCUGACUGCUUCAACUCUGGUGUGUUCGUCUUUCGUCCUUCUAAUGAGACAUACGGCAAACUGCUUCAGUAUUGUACAGAACACGGCAGCUUUGAUGGUGAGUCUUGCAGAGCACAUGACAUCUGUGUAGUUUUGUCCUAAAAUAUUUCAGUUAAAACAGUAGCUUGAAGACCUAACUCAGGGCUCUUGAGGUGUGUAGAAAUAGGAAUAUUUAUUUCGCAAUAUGUAGCAGUCUGAUCCUAGAAACACCCUCUUGCUCACCUCUCCCAUUGGUGAGGCUCUACAAGCUACAGUGGCCUUCAAGGACAAGAGGACCCUGUGAUGCAUGAGAAGUAUGAUCUUCCAUCUGUCAAGUUUUUACCAUCAAUAAUGACAAUUAAUACAAAUCUGUUUGUGCACAACACCCUCUCUCUCUACCCUCUUUUUCUUUCAACUGGAGCAUUUCAGGCAGCAGCUCACUGAAUACAAAAAAUGUAUAUGGCCUUUGCCAGCACGUUCACUUUGUGUGACAGCAGAAACAUGGCAGUGGAAGACAGUCUUCAUCUACUCCUUAUGCAGAUAAAAAAUGACCAAUCUAAAUUAAUGAAAACCAUAGGAUUUUAUAGUCAGGUUUUUCCACUGAUUUAAAUAUUCUUAUGAACAUGAUAUACUUUAUACUAGGGCCCGACCAAUUUAUAAGCGAGCCGAUUAAAUUGUCCAAUUUUAGCCCGUUUGAGACUGGUCCGAGUUUGAUCAGUCGGUCUUCCUAUAGUCGUGGAGAGCAGUAGCCUACAGUAUAUCUACAGUUUAUAGUAUACUGUAGAUAUCUACAGUAUGUGUAUAUAUUAUAACUUAAUAAAAAAAAAUUUAAAAAUCGGCCAAUUAAUCGGUAAUCAGAUCCCCCCCCCCCCCCCGUAAUAAUCGGUAUUGGCAUCAGCCCCUAAAAAUUCAUAUCAGUAGGGCCCUACUUUAUACCAGGGGAAGAAAUUCUACUAAAUAUUACACACUGCACCUUUAACCUUUGAGUAUUGUUUGUUGAUGGGAAUUAUGCUAUUUUGCUGUUUGCCAAAAGUUAAAUAAAAAACAUAAAUGGUAGUGAGAAAGAUACAACCCAUUAAUUGAAUCAAAAAUGUAGAUGGUUAGAUGAUGUUUUUUAAAUAAACAUGAAAUUGUAUUCACUAAUUAGUGGGCAUGAGGGUUAAGUGUGAGCUAUUAUACUUAGUUUUCAUCUCUUAAUGGCCUAUGCAGAAUGUUUCUCCUAUUUCCUUGUACUUCAGCUCAGCUAUGCAUCUCUUUUCAGAAGCUAUUUCCGACUCAUUUCCCUAUGUUGCUCUAGAUAACACCUGUUGGUGUCAUUUUAAACUACCUCCAACAAGCAUUACUCGUUGCAUUGCCAAAUACUAAACAGCUGAAGACAAGGUAUGUUUAGGAUUUCAAGCGGUUUACCAACUCAUACUAAUAAUGUCAUCAAUCUUUUUUCAGACUUAAACAAAUAUUUUGGCUUCGACCUGCAUUGGGUAACAUCGAGUUCUGCGUAACAUGAUGUCAAACCAAGUUUGUUUAUCUUUUUCCUUAAAGUAGAGUCUUUUUCGAGUCCAGGGCCCAGGCACAAGGCCCUUCUGUGACACACGGUCCAGCUCUCUCAGCUGAGUUAUUCUCAGGGGGUUUUACUGGAGCAGGGGGGGUUAACAUUUGAGAGGCCCUGUUUUGCACAGGGCACUGGUUGACAUUCAGCAGCUCUUCCCAGUGAGGCGUACUGUAACUGAAAAGCGGACGUCAUCUUGGCUCCGGAUCAGGUUUACGGAUCAGCUCUGCUCAGAUCAGCUGCUGAAAGGAACAUUGGUGCAUACCUGCAGGGUGGUGUCAUUUUUGACAUGCCGAAGCUUAAUUCAUUACUAAUAGAAGAUCUCAAACAUGACUUAGCACAACCAGAUUCUUGUGCAUUUAAACCAAGCAACAAUUUAGAAAAAGUGUGGAUUUUUUGUUUUAUCUUGACGUGUUUCAUUUACUGAUUAUAAGCUUUGUUAAUGAUAUUCAGUAUGAACUGCUUGUCUUAUAUUAAUUCUAUCUGUAGAUAUGCAAAGUGUAUUUUAAAGUAAACUUUAUGUCAAAGUAUGAAGAUGGUUAUCUGUAAGCAGAAGUGUUCAAAGACAAUAGCCCAGAUUUGAACAAAGAGAGUGGCUACAAUCGUGUCAACAAACGAUCACCACACUCUGCUGGUCUAAUGGUGUAAUUGCAACACCUUGUUUAAAUUUUUUUUUUUUUCUUCAUUUCCUUGUAUUUAUCUUUUUUUUAAGAUAUACACUGAAUAUAAAGCCAUAAAAAAUUACUGUUUUUACAAAAUAAUCCUGACUCAAGAUCAUAACUCUUUGUUUUUUCAAAAGGCUUUAAUUACUGUAACUACAUGAUCAAAGUGUUGUACUUCAUGCACUUGUUGCUAACUACAUUGAGGCCAUGCGAUAUUGCGCAAAAAGCUGAAUAUCAAUCCUAAUCAUAUAGAGCAGUGGUUCUCAAGUCCAGUCCUCGAGGCCCAAGCUCCAACACACCUGAUUCAAAUAAUCAGCUCGUUAUCAAGCUCUGUAAUGGCUUAAUAACGAGCUAAUUAUUUGAAACAGGUGUGCUGGAGCAGGGAAACAUCCAAAACAUGCAGGACAGUUGGCCUCCAGGACUGGACUUGAGAGCCACUGAUAUAGAGAACCUUUAAUUUCUGAAACUAGCACCAAGUUUGGACCACGUUUAGAUUGUGUGGCUCUGAAUGAGUCCACUGUCCUCUCCAUUUUUUUUUGGCCUCAAACAUUUUACUUAAAUAGGAAAUAAUUGUGUCACAAGAAAAAACUUGUAGUAAAACUUUUGAAGAGUUGUUUGUGCUUGUUAGUGGCAUCGAGCCUCUUCAUUUGUGAAUGACAGGCUGCUCCUCUUCUGUGAGGGAUAUUGUGAGAGAUUCCGUCAGUAAGAGUUCAUUGGAAAACCCAAUUAGUGCGCUUAUUCGCAGCCAAGACUUUUAAGAGCCGACUGUCUCUGGCUGCCAGAGUGUUUGUUGGCUGGAGUGUUUCAAUCACAACUGCAUCCACAGACGGAUAAUUGUCUGUGUACUAACAGCAAAGAGAGUGUCAAUUUUUCAAUAGAUUUAUAUUCGAUAUUUAAUGUGAUGCUUAAACCUGAAAGCUGGAUGGCAUGCUAAUGAAUAAAGCUGUCUGUAUUUAUAGCCAUGGAUGUUCCCUUCAUGUGCACUGAGGCAUGAGUUUAAAUUGCUCUGACCUUUAGCAUUUCUCUUCCACUCUACUUCAAGGCAUACACAGUGCACACGUGCAGCACUCUGUUUCACUCUAUUUUACGGUCGACUUUGGAAGAAAAUCUGAGGAAGACGAGAAAUUGAAUUCUGUGUUUGAACCCAGAGGCGUUCCCUCUCCAUGCGCAAGUCCACUGUCGUCUGCUGCCAAGACAAACUGGCAAAGUUUAGAUGCACAUUCUUGCUGAGCUCCUCUCAUCCCCUCAAAAUGAAGAUCCUCUGCCCCGUAUUAAACCAUGAAGGCCUAUGGAGGUUGUGCCUUUGGAUAAACAGCUGACGUGUGAUGUUUUAAAGUGCAGCGGUCUGCUGUCUCAUGGAUUGUACAGUCCAUGUGAAAGUUCUUCUGAAGGCCAGCAACUCCUCUCGUACCAGUGUCAGUCCUUUAACUAGCCUUUUGGCUCUAAGGUUAAACAAUUCAGCAUGAAUGAUCAAAGGGCUUGUGGCGUCAAAUACUGUGGUCUGGCUCAUCAGCUGCUGACUGGUGAUGUGACAGAAAACUUAUUCAAUGGAGAGAGAAAAGUUUGAUAAGAAUCAUUCAGAUGUGGUAGUGCAUUAGAAAUUAUUCUGACCCACUUCACAAAUUCACCUCAAACUCUCAGAUCUGUGUUUACUUCAGCCACACCACCACAAUGCCCGAUUUGAGAUGAAGGGAAUCCUGAGGCAACUUAGAUCUGCAAACCUACAUUAAACCAGACGGGGACAGAGCAUUCUCCAUUACUUGUCAAGUUGUAUUAUAUAGAUUAGAGUGGUCAGGAAUGGAGUUUUGAUGAAUGAAAAUUGUCAAUACAAAGCUGGAUACAGUACCCAGUCUUUCACACCAGCACCAAGAAGCCACAGGUAUGAUUUGUGAUGCCAAGAUGUUAAAGACUUCAAGGUUAUGCAAACCUUUUAAGUCUCUCUUAAGCAUAACAUUAUUCAUUUUAACAGUUGAUUGGUAAACUGCAAGACAACACAAUCUUGCAUUCGGAAAAGGCUUCGACUAUCUCAUCUUGAUUGAAACUAAGUCUGCAACAGUUUAGCCAACAUGUAAGCACUCCUGGUAACAGGCUGUAACUGUACAGCCUAUAGGCACUGCAGCUUCUUCAGUUGCUGGGCAGAUCUAGACUCAGAACAGAGAUCAGUAUUGUAUGUAAGUGAGAAACCAGCUGUCAAUCCAAUUUAUUGUCAAAUCUAAAGAUGAACGAAUCUUUACCACUGUGCGGAAUUAGUCACAAGAACCCUGCGCUCCUAUAUACUGCAUAUAAAUAUAGCCCUGGACCUUUGUACGACUCAGAUCUUUUGAAAUGUUGCCAUUGGUGAGAGUUGUGUGUCACGGUAAUGCACAUGUGACAUACAUGUUCUGAACAUCAUGUCUCCUUUACUCCCUGUGCAGCUACUGUGGGCCCACACGGUGCACAUAUACAUGGCUUCAUAUUGAAUGCUUUAAAAACCAAGGGAGCGAACCUGAUCUGCUCCUGAAUAAAUCUGAACUUAAUUACAAAUAACUGGAGCAAUUUGGAAGGAAGGAAACGUCUGUAGCCUUGGGCUGUGAAUCUGAGUGUGAGAGAAUCUCUCCCUCAUCUUGUCUGCACUAAUCUCACUACACUGCUGACUAACGCAGACCAAGCAGAGAGUCUAAUUCAUCUGGCUGUCGUAGGCGGGCCGAUCAUUUGUCCGCACGCUGGCUAAGCUUUUCGUCUUUCAGGAACACCAUCCAGCUGAACCAGGCAAAGCAUUUUGCAGGCAGCGUUUCGUAAGCUCAGUUGGCUGUCACGCCACCAUAUCACAAUUUCUCACAGUGUGUAAUGCAAAUGAAGACCUAAAGUGAAAUGAAGAUCAUGUAAUGUCAAGAAGUUUUUAAAAGAAGCAGCACGUGAACUUUAAAACUUUUACGGGGUAUUUAGAAAUGGUCCUCUCCGCAUGCACUGAUUUAUUUUUAGUUCUUUAUAUUGUGAGAGUGCUGUUUUAUUUAAAUCUUCAUAUCGCCUUUUGUGUCGCAGGAGGUGACCAAGGUGUUUUGAACGGCUUCUUCAACACAUGGGCAACAGCUGACAUAACCAAACACCUUCCAUUCAUCUACAACCUCAGCAGCAUAGCCAUCUACACCUACCUUCCAGCGUUCAAGCAGUAAGUAUUGGGUCAGCAGAAGCAUCCACACAAUAGUACAAGGUGUGUUUCUACCACAAAAGUUAGUGUGCAUUUAAAAAGUUUAACUCCACAGCAGAGUCUUCCUAUGUGACUUCAAUCUUGGCUAACAGACACAAGGCCAAGUCGUAAGCAGAUCCUCGAUCACAUGAACGUUUUGUCGCAUUAUGACAUGACAUCAGGUUACGAAUCAGAUGAACCAUAAGAAUCCGGCGGCCCUGCUGGAGUCUCUCUCCGCAGGCCUCUUUGCUGCGUUAGGUAUCCACUCUGAGCUCUCAACAGCUGAAACCAAAUCCUCGAAUGGACGAGGUUUAUUUAUAUACCUUUUCUGUUCCCUACCCACACUGGUCAUUGUGCCCCCCUGUCUUAAGACCCCUCUUCUUAGCCUCAAGGCCCCUCUGCAUUCAAAUCACACCUCACCAUAGAAACAAGCUCAUCAACAAGCUCAUAGCUUUGAAAUAACCUGGCACCCAAAUCAGGUUGACGGGGUGAUAAACUCUUAUUUACUCGUCAGUAGUUGUCAGCAACAGUUGUUUAUGAGGUUUGGCAAACAUCAAAAAACAAUCCCAUCAGAGACAGACUCAGGCUUAUUUUUGCACACAUACUGUUUGCCAGGACUGAAGAGAUAUCCCUUUCUGUUGUGGUUGGCAUGGUUUGUGAUUAAGUCUCAAGUACUGUGAAGGGUCCAAGACAAGCAGGCUGAUCAGGUACCACUACUAGGCAUGGGUGGGUAUGAGAUACUGACAGUAUGAUCACCUUCAGCAGCAAUGUCACGGUUUCAAGGUAAAACAAUUACAGCUCUAAAGUGUGUUGUUUUGAAACCAACAUUGAUUAUUUCAAUAUUGAUACACACAGAACUGUCCUAACAACCGUGUUUCUCUGUCUCUUCGACGGCUCUUGAUCGUAGAGCAGAAAAUAUGAGUGAUUUUGAAACCAUGACCUUGUCCUACCUUGAAACUGGUAACCAGCCCGCACCUACAGCAGAAAGGUAGUCCUGAAUUCAUGUUAUGUUAUGACUGUAUGUUACAAAAGCUCUUAAAAAAAUCUAUCAAAAAUAUCCCCAUUGCUAAUCACUCAGUAGGACACCAUUUCUACAAAGCAACAGCAAUGCCAUGAAAGAUCACACCAGAUCACACACAUCAAAUCAACCUUUCGAAAGCUGCUGUUGUUUUGUGUCUGUUAGGAUUACUGAUGGAAAUGAGAAAGUUUUGACUGAAAAUGAAUAGAAAUGAUCAGUUUAUAGCCAAUUAUAAGAAACGUUUUGCCAUGGAAGCUCUACCAAUCGCCAAAUCCAGAGGACUACUUUUAUUAUCUGCAUUUAUGAACGAGACCAGGGGUGAAACAAGACCCUUCUGCUUCAUUCCAGGGUCUUGCCUCACCCUGUCAGGAUUCUGGUUUGCAUACCUAGUCACUUACUUUCCAUAAUCAAUUUAUUGCUAUACAUCAUGUGCUAAAUUAACAAAGUUUAAGAUAUAACUUUUUUGCAGAAGAAAUCUCUGGUAUGAGCUCCUGUUUGGGUCCAAAGUGUGCCAUAAGUCUAAAUUAACUGAGAGUAUUUUGGUGCUUAUUACGGACAAAUUCCACAGGAUAAGGAACGGCUGCGCGCCGCUCUGGAACGGCAACCCCGAUCAAUUACGCAAGCAUUAUAAUCAAUGUGCGUGAUUCCACACAAUGCAUCUGCCGUCCAGCUCUGCUGUCGAUCUGCACCGGUGGUCGGAUCAGAUAUGCAAGGCUUGUAAUGCCACAGCACAACGUAUCAAUUCAGUGCAGUGCAGAACAAGCGGCAGUGGAAGUUGUAUGCAGCUACUAAGUAAAAUAUCUGGUUAAUUAAAAAAAAAAAAUGAAGUCAAUACGUUGAAUUGUUCUUCACGUGAUAAGGGGGAGGGGCCAGGUUUUUAGGAUGUGGGUGUUUCUAUACACCGCCGUUCUCAAUCCAUGUCUCAUGGGGAAACAUGCAAGAUCUUGUCCAGUCUCGUGAGAAACGUCGGUAAUAUCGCAAGCGCUUCUCAGCCGCUUGCAGCAGUGGAUCGGAUCCGGUGGGCGCUGUAUGCUUGCAUUUUUGAUCCGCCUGCCAUUCCGGAGCGGAUCGGAUCUGCAUGUGGUGGAAUCCUGGCAUUACUGUUUCGACACUUGUCUUUUCAAAAUAAAGUCACGGCAAAAUAUACACUGCAUUUCUUAAUUUUGAUUCUCACUAUUCACCACCACUUUGUGUCUUACCAUUUUUUUUGUUGUUGUACAAGAAGCAUUAAAUCCCUUCAUACUUUUGUUACGCAGUCAUCAAUUGAUCAAUUGAAUGAGUGUUUGACUCUGCUGCCUGUGUGUCUGUUCGUCUUGAGUGUCCAGUCUGUCCUACUUUAUGCUGCACCCACAACACCGUCUGAAUGGCUAGACGACAAAAAGCUGAGCCAUAACUGCAUUGUAAAUGUAACUGGUCACCUGUUCACUGUUGUAUUUGGCGUUGAAAGUUUUUGGAUAGAAGAGUGGUGCUCCCUUUGUAUCAAAAGGUACCCGACCCCGGAUAUGCAGAAGAAAAUGAAAGAAUGAAUGGAGGUGUUUGAGCAAAGUUUUGUGCUGAAGCUUAUAAAAUUCAAGAUUCUGGGAUUGUAAUUUCCAAAUAUUGUUACAGUCUCAAGAACAUCUAAUAAUUGGUAUUGACCUUGAAAAACCCAUAUCAGGUGACCCCUUUAAACUCGCACUACUUCAUACGCACACUUUCUUAAAUUAAGAGUUGUCAGUCUUUCUUCUUUACGAUAUUUCUCAUUUCAGAUACGGUGGGAAUGCUAAGGUUGUCCAUUUCCUGGGAAAGACCAAGCCAUGGAGUUACACAUUUGACCCAAAAGCCAGACAGUUUUCGGGCAGCGUGCAUGAGGCCAGCGCACAUCCCACCUUCCUCCUGGACUGGUGGACCCUGUACUCCAGCGUGGUGGUUCCCCUGCUGAGGGAACAAUAUGGAGACCAGCCUUUCGACUCCGGAUGCGUGGAGGUAAAUGGACACAUUUUCCACAAAGAGUGAUGUUACCGACCUUGUUUGGUCCUCAGCACAGAGGUUGCCCAGUUCAUUAGAAAGAAGGAGGAUUGUGUUGGCUGUAUUGUCUCUGCAAGAACAAGCAGUCCUGGUGUGCCUGUAGUCCUGUAAGCACAGGUCUCUCUUCCAUUAGAUGAUCAUACACAUUAGGGCUGAGCGAUAAAUCAACAUCACAAUAUAUUAAGCAGUUCGCCUCGAUAACACAAUCUGCUCACCCCUCCCACAUUAACUUCGUCUACUCCAGCCGCUAAAACUUUUGAACUGUCCUCCAUCUCCUCACCUGGCUUUCCCUCUUUGUUAUGGACUGGGUGGGGUGGAGUCACAUCUAUUUAUAUAUUGACAUGGGCAAAAUGACGUUGGUUAUUGUCGUAAAUUUCAGUAUUGGUAAAUUUUCGGUUUAUCGCCCAGCCUUAAUACACAUUUUCAGAGGGUUGAUUCUGAAUUAUUUACCUCUUUUCUUUUUUCCCCUGAUCAUCUCAAUAAAAUCCAGUACUGUUACAUGCUCCAUUUUGAGAGUGAACAGGUAUGGUGAAAUAUGUGUAGCUUUGAAGCCAAUAACUGAUUUGGCAGCUGGAUUUGUACUACUAAGCUUCUACAUCUUAAAUCCCGGCUUCUGUGUGUGUUUGCCUGUGGCCAUUAAUUUAAAAAGGCUACAACUUUCAUAACAAUAAGUGUUGUUAAAGUGUUGUGUAAUCGACAUCUUCAUUGUCUGCGCUUGACUUUUGUGUCCUCUUGACAUCCCAGGGUGAAAGCAGCUCUUCGCUCGGACCCCAGCUGUCUUCAGAGGAACGGAAGCAGAAAUGGGAGCAAGGUCAGGCAGACUACAUGGGACAGGACUCCUUUGAUAACAUCAAGAGAAAGCUUGACUCUUUUCUCAAAUAAUGACGCAGUGAGGCAGGUUGUGAAAAGAGCCCUGUCAGUAAAUUGUCGGAGGUUUUGCAGGAUAAAAUAAAAAAUGUUUUUUUUUUUCUACCUGUUUGAAAACUAUCAAUCUGAUAAUUCACUCCCACCACCAGCACCAUCCCCCUGCAUACUCCAAAGACAGAGCUGUUAAAAAGGGGAAAUUGUUAUCAAUGAACGGCUCUAGUUGCCUAUGCAAGACAGUCAUUCAAUUUCUGUUUUGCUACACUGUGAAGAAAAACAGGGACAUUUGUGACAUCUUUAAUUUUUUUUUUUUUUUACCUGCAUUAUAUUUUUUUGCAGUGAACUUUUGUUUAACACAAGCCGUCUGUGUGUCCAAGAUUUGCAGUCACUUUUAUGUACAUUUUUCUUUCCCUUCUUUUUUUUCUACCCAGUCAUCAACCAGCUUUUGAAGCGCUAGUAUUUUGAUUAUCUCAUCAUUAAAUUAGCCUUGUUUUUGAGUUCAGGUGCCUUUCUGAAGUAUUUAAAUAUUAACACAUUUACAGCACUAUUAAAGGCCAUAGCUCGGUCAUUGAGCCAUAUUUGUACGAUUUAUCUCAGUGCCUUAGUUACUUGCCGUCUGUCUAGUCUUGAUUAGCAGCUUCUCUGCAGCUGGUUAGGUUUUUCACUUUCUUGCAUUGUACUUGUCAAAGAUGUUGGAUGUUAAAGACAACAGAUAUUAAAACCAUUAAAAGUUUUGAAAUUGGC